AAAUGUUUCUCUUCUCCCUCUACGGAACAAGGAGCUGGGAUUCGUAUUCUCUCGGUCAUAUCAGGCAAUUCAUAAUUUAUUUUCUCGUAUUGUAACCAUGACAGGAAGAAAUCCCGAAACUCUUUGACGUUUUCCCUCCGUCAUAACCAACAUAUCUAGCUUGACAUUGCCUGGGCACUCUCCGAACGACAUGAGUGCUGAAGCCUGAGAUCUACCUCACACCGAACCUGUCUACUAUGAUAGCGCCCGACAUGGAUCCAUCCGUUCAAAGGCUUCUGAGUGACAAGCUAUACGAUAAGCGGAAACAAGGUGCUUUGGAGCUGGAAAAGGUCAUCCGCGAUGCCCUUGCGAAAGGUGAACAUAGCAAGAUAAAAAAUAUUGUCGACCAGCUGUGUCAUGAAUAUGCCUACGCUGUUCACCAACCUCACACAAGAAAUGGAGGAUUAAUCGGCCUCGCAGCCGCUUCGAUUGCGCUUGGGACUGAUGAAGUUGCGCCCUACCUCCACGAGAUUGUCCCUCCCGUCCUCGCCUGUUUUACAGACCAGGAUGCUCGAGUUCGAUAUUACGCGUGCGAAAGCAUGUAUAAUAUCGCGAAAGUGGCUAAGGGGGAAUUGCUACUAUUUUUCAAUGAUAUAUUCGACGCUCUAUGCAAACUGGCUUCCGACUCAGAGCUGUCAGUGAAAAACGGCGCAGAGCUCCUCGACCGACUGGUGAAAGAUAUAGUUUCUGAAUCGGCAGCCUCAUACGUUUCCGUUUUGCAAGUCCCCAGAAAAGGUCAUGGCGAAUCUGGGGUAGAUGGUGCUGAUGAAUCAGAAGUCGCCGAUCUGCCCACAGCAUUCUCGCUUGCGAAUUUCAUUCCCCUCCUCAAAGAACGCAUACAUGUCAUAAAUCCUUUCACUCGUACCUUCCUGGUGUCGUGGCUGACUCUGUUGGAUACCAUACCCGAUUUGGAGCUUGUGUAUUAUUUACCUGCGUUCCUAGGAGGCUUGUUCAGGUUCCUCAGUGACCCCAAUAGAGAUGUUCAUACAAUUACCCAGGGUGCUCUGGAGACAUUCCUUAACGAGAUCAAGAAGAUUGCUCGGAUAAAAAAGGGGAUCGCAUACAGCCGCCGUGAUCAGGAAAGCGGGAGUAUAAAACGAUCAGCUACUAGCGAUAGUAUGAGUGUUGGCUCAGGCUCGAACAACCCCAAAGACAUUAGCGAAAAUGCUAUUGCGGAUUCGGAUUCUGGAACUGCCAAUGGUGAAGAUGUUCAUGUAUAUGGAGAUUAUGUUCCCGGGCAGGAUGUAUACGUAGAUCAUCCCAAGAUCCUGGAUAUUCUAGUUGGUUUUGUGGACACGGCGUUUGAGGAGGAAAUCCAGCUGACGGCCCUCCGAUGGAUUGAUAGCUUUUUCGAAAUAAGCCCAGAGGACAUACUUCAAUUUGUCCCCCGCCUCCUUUCACAAGUGCUACCUGCCCUUUCGAGCGGUUCAAACCAAGUUCGUGAGGCUGCAAACCGGGUUAACACAUCACUCAUGCAGUAUAUUGUUUCCCUCACUGAUGAUAACGCCCUUGAUGAGACACGACUAGCGGCACCAUCAAGGGUGCCUACCGGGCCGAUUAAAGAGGCAGAUGGUCGAAGAUCAUCAACUCCUACGGGCAAACAGUCUAGCCUUUCUGCGGUUAACGAAGUCAACGUCAAAAAGCCGCUCCCAUCUCGCCCUGCAUCCAGAACUGAUUUAACUCCACGAAGCAGCGCAGAUGCAACGCCACUACCUUCACCGGAUCUGGAUUAUGCGGCGGCUGUUAGCGCCUUGACUCUCCAGUUCCUCAAUGAAAAUGAGGCUACGAGAGUUGCAUCCUUAGCUUGGUUAAUUAUGCUUCACCGAAAAGCGCCUCGGAAGGUUCUAGCCUUCCACGAUGGCACGUUUCCAGCCCUGCUCAAGACUCUGUCUGAUCCUUCAGAAGCUGUUGUUACGCGAGAUCUGCAGCUACUGUCUCAGAUUUCAAGAAACAGUGAGGAUGGCUACUUCACAUCGUUCAUGGUGAAUCUACUUCAACUAUUUUCCACUGAUCGAAAGCUUCUCGAAAUCCGCGGCAACCUUAUUAUCAGACAACUCUGCGUUAACCUAAGCCCAGAACGUAUUUACAGAACGUUGGCAGACUGUCUUGAAAAGGAGGAGGAUAUUGAAUUUGCUAGUAUCAUGGUGCAAAACCUUAACAACAAUCUUAUUACUGCUCCUGAACUAGCUGAUAUGAGAAAGAGAUUGAGAAAUCCCGAAUCCAGGGACGGCCAAAUGUUUUUCGUUGCAUUGUUUAGAUCAUGGUGCCACAAUGCUGUUGCGACAUUUUCCCUGUGUUUGCUAGCUCAAGCGUAUGAGCAGGCGUAUAAUCUUUUGCAAAUUUUCGCGGAGUUGGAGAUGACCGUCAAUAUGUUAAUCCAAAUCGACAAGCUUGUUCAAUUACUAGAGUCGCCAGUGUUCACCUAUCUCCGUCUCCAGCUUUUAGAACCGGAGAAGUAUCCAUAUUUAUAUAAAUGUCUUUACGGCGUUCUGAUGCUGCUUCCUCAAAGUUCUGCAUUUGCUGCACUAAAGAACCGCCUAAACAGUGUGAGCAACAUUGGAUUACUGCAGCCAGCUGCCCGAGGCAUGAGCACAAAUACGCCAGGCAUUUCUUCAUCAUACGAACGACCAGGAGGAAGACUAAAAUCCCGCGAAGAUAUCCGAUGGGUUGAUUUGCUCGAGAAAUUCAAGAGUGUACAGGAGAAAUCCAGACGGUCAGGGCGCUCAUCAUCACGUCAAUUCGACUCGGACGGGAAUAGUAUGCCUCAUUCAUCAAUUGCAGCCGCAGUCGCAGCAGCCACUGCUGCCGACCAAAGUGGAAACAAGGAGAAAGGGGCUGUCGAUGCCCAUCGUUUGAGUGCCCCAGGCGGAGUAGGUACUGGGGGUGGACUCGGAAUCGCCCAUGCAACGCGGCUAGGGUUUGCCACAAACGAAGGCGCUGCCGUAGCGCAAAAGGCGCCUAAGUCGAGAUCCACGUUAGGAAAUUUCGGACGAUUAAGUGGAAUCGGGCAGAGGAAGUCGAAGCGUUGAAAUGUCUAGUUUAUUGUUGUUGAUUGUGCUCAAGGAUUACCGGAAUGAAAAUAACAAUCUUGCUCUUCCGUUUACGGUUUCCUUUGUUUUUAAGAGAUUUAUGAACAUAUUCCAUUGUGGAUUUAUUUUAUUUUUAUUUUA